AUAUUUGGUCAGUGGCCUGUGAUGAUUCUUGGCUGUUUUUUUUCCUGGUUUGUCACGUCUCCUGACCUGCAUGCUCCGUCCACGCUCAGUCCAUGUGGAGUUACAUUUGGUCAUUUGUCUUUCUUUUUUUUUAAUUGCUGUUUUAACCUGAUUCUUUUUAUUUGCCCACAUUAUUAUUUUCUUAGUUUGUUUUGAUGCACCAGCAGAAUUCUAAGCAGGAGACUGAACAUUAGUGUUGGAGAGAAUAAACUCCUGUUGCCACUAUGGACUUUCUCAAAAGGUGUUGAACUGUUGCUGCUAAAACUGUAUAGGUGCGUUUAAACUGUACAGACUGUCCAGGAUGGGGGCCGCUCGUGUGAAGCGGCGCUUUAGUGCUGUGGUGGACGGUCCGGUGGACGAAGAGGAGGUCAUGAGGCUGGCACAGAAUGCAGCAGACACAGAGGGCAGCCCCACGGGCUCCAGGGGCCCCAGCAGCCCCUCCCCCACCUCACCCACUCUCAUGUUCAACGGCAAAGCUCUGUCUCUACAGAGCAACUCCAACAAUGCCCGGAGGCAGAGCGCCUUCAAGGACUCAGCUGGAGGAGCAGGAGGAGAGGGCGGAGAGCCAGCCCCAGGCAGAGGGACUGGUGUGGGGGGCACAGAGGACCACUCCUCUCUGUCCUCCGCCUUCACCAACCGCCGCCGAAACAGACGCUCCAGCCGUCGGCCCCGGCAACGCUUUGUGGGCAAAGAUGGACGCUGCAACGUCACCUUUGUCAACAUGAGCGAGAGGGGCCAGCGCUACCUCAGUGACCUGUUCACCACCUGCGUGGACAUCCGCUGGCGCUGGAUGCUGGUCGUCUUCACCCUCUCCUUCCUCCUCUCCUGGCUGCUCUUUGGCUUCACCUUCUGGCUCAUUGCCUCUGCGCAUGGAGACCUCUCCAUGGGCCUGGCACUCAGCCCCAGCAGCUCCACUGCAGCUGGGGCAGGAGGGGCUGGGGAUGGGGAGGCUGGGGCAGGAGGGGCUGGGGCAGUGGCCGAUAGAGAGGGGGUGGAGCCCUGCUUCAUGCAGGUGACCAGUUUCAUGGCAGCCUUUUUGUUUUCUCUGGAGACACAGACUUCUAUUGGUUACGGAUUUCGAAGUGUGACUGAAGAGUGCCCCCUGGCGGUGGUGGCGGUCGUGUUGCAGUGCAUUGUGGGCUGCAUCAUUGACGCCUUCAUCAUCGGGGCGGUUAUGGCAAAGAUUGCUAAGCCCAAGAAGCGCAAUGAGACUUUGGUGUUCUCUGACACAGCCGUGGUGGCCAUGAGGGACGGGAAACUCUGCAUGAUGUGGAGAGUGGGCAACCUGCGCAAGAGCCACCUGGUGGAGGCCCACGUCCGAGCACAGUUUCUUAAGUCCAGAGUGACCACUGAGGGAGAGUUUCUUCCUUUGGACAAUGUGGACAUAAACGUGGGCUUCGACACUGGCACAGACCGAAUCUUCUUGGUGUCCCCCGUCACGAUUGUUCACGAGAUAAACGACGAGUCUCCUUUUUACGAGAUGGACCAAAGUGCUCUGGAGAGAGACUCAGAGCUGGAGGUGGUGGUCAUCCUAGAGGGCAUGGUGGAGGCCACAGCCAUGACCACCCAGUGCCGCAGCUCCUACCUGUGCUCUGAGAUCCUCUGGGGACAUCGCUUCGAACCUGUGCUUUUUCAGAGGAAGGACGGCUACCAGGUGGAUUACUCGUUUUUUAAUCGGACUUAUAGAGUUCCCAGUACGCCCUCCUGCAGUGCUAAAGAUCUGAGUGAACAGACGGGUAUCCACAGCUCACGCUCCUCUUUCUGUUACGAGAACGAGGUCGCCCUUCAGCUUGUGUCCUCUGAACUCGAGCAAAAAACUCCCUCUACACCAACACAGAGAGCAUUGCUGUCAGAGCACCUGCACCAGAACUGACCCCAUCAGCAAAUAAGCAAAAUAAAAAUCUCGUCAAGAUGUCAACAGCAGCUGACUAAUCCUGUGCACUGAUUGGUCCUGGCAAUCUGCCCAAAUCUUCAGAUACUGUCUCCCAUCUGGCCCUUCACCACAGCACUGAGCAUAAAUCAGCCAGAGGAAGUACAA